AUGGAAUCGCAGGUCGCCCAGAUCAUACACGUGAACGGAAUCGAGAACCUCUUGCUGCACUUUGUCUUCCAGAUCCCGAAGGAGAAUCCCGGGUUUAGUUGCCUCGACUACUCGCUCCAAAAGCCGAGCAAUCCGCUUGAGUCGAUGGGACAACUUUUGGAGUGGGAUAUUAUCGAGCAGCCGGCAUUAACGGACGAUGAUUUGUACCCGAUUAAUUUAAUGCGAAAUGUGGCUAGAAUGAUGCUCCCAAAAUACGCCCUAGCUACCGUAGUCGACGCCCAUUUCCGAUUUUCAACAGAUUUCGUGCGAAACUCCCUACUAGCCAUCGAAACAGCCCAAACCCCACUAACCUCAAUCUUUAUCUAUCCCAGCUUGGAGGGCCUCAUGGAUGCGGCGCUUCUUCUGCCGCUCACAAAGCCUGAAUUAAAAGCUGGAUUUGACCAGGGAUCGGUGCAGCCGUUUAUGACCUUGUUGAACACACAGGCACAUCGAUUGAAGGAACCUGACGCGUGGCUAGCGAAUACUGACGUGGGAUUUCAGCAAGCUGGAUACACUCACCAGGCCUACCAACCCCAGUUCAUCUCCUUGAAUACCCUCUACCUGAAUGCGAUAAGGACGGCGAGGAGGGAGCAGCUCCACAAAGCCAACGUCGAGAACGCCGAGGUUUUGGAAGAAGCUCGAGCCAAACGUCAGCUCCGGAUCCCGAAUGGUACCCUGCAGGAACCGGAGCAGAAACCCCCGGCCCAGCGGCUCCCCGAGGUGAUCGAGGAGCAGCCGGGGCAGCUGGGGACG